GUCCAAGAUGGCAGCUAUCUUACCACCGAGAAUUCCCCACGAAUAAGGUUUUCUACUGUAUGUACUGUGAUUUGACAGAUUCAACACGUGCGGCACAACAGUGGAAGUGCCCUAUUAAAAAUUAAGAUUUAUAUUAAUUUAAAUAUAAAUAUUUGGCAAAUUGUUGGAGCUCUGUAUUUCCACUCCUAUUGUGUUUAAGGUAAUGGUUUGUUGCCAACAAGCUCUUUAGAAAGACACAGCAGCAAAACAUUGCGCUAUAACAAACAACGCGGAAGAUCAAGACGUGUGUGAACUGAUAACUUGGCUACAAAAACUAUAGAGAGUGAUAAAAAUAUUUCCUGUUUAAAAAAUAUAUAAACAAUGGAUUUUGACGAACUUGAUAAACUUAAACUACAAUAUUUGGCCGGUGCCAAUCUUGUUGAGCACACGCCUCUUUUUGCGCCUGGAGGAGAAUUUAUAUUUAUACGUUCCAAGGAUGUUGUGCGGGUUUAUUCUUCGGUAACCGGUGAGCUAGCACGCAAACUUUCAGGAGGAAAUGGUAAUCUAGUGUCUAUGGAAUUGGAAUUGCGUGACAGUGAGACGCUAGUUGCAUGUACAACUAAAGGAGAAGUACUUCGUUGGUUUUGGCAAAGUGGUCGUCUUCAAGAGACACUAGAUUUAAAAUUAAACAAAGAUGAACAAAUCUUAAGCUUUAACCUCAUAAACUUAUACGGCAAUUCCAAAACAGCGUGCGCAUUUGUUACUUUUCGCACUGCCGAUGAGGAGCAAGUCAAGUGGUUUGUUGUAGAUACAAGCAGCGCAGAACGAUUGAACGUACCAUGUAAAUUGAAAUUGCUGUCCGACGAACCACUUAUUGCAGUGGACACAAAGAAGUUCAAGUAUAUCGCUAUAGUACAAGGUUUUUUUGUAUAUUUCCUUAGUUAUAAAUCCUGGUCAUGGAGGCGGUUAUUUAACGCACACCAUGUUCCAAUUACGGUCGUUAGGUCUCAUCCUUUUGAAGAAGCGAUAAUAACAGGUGACGAAACUGGCAAAAUAUUUUUGUGGCGAGAGUUUAUGAAUCCGAGUUCAGUGAAGACUACACUUUACCAUUGGCACCACACCGCUGUCUCCAGCAUAGCGUUCACACCCAGCGGUGCAGGUUUCUACAGCAGUGGCUAUGAGUCGGUGCUUGUGUAUUGGAACACUAAACGCCCAGAUUUGCGCAAUUUUCUACCACGCAUGGGGUCUGUUAUUUGUCAUCUUGCUGCCAAUGAUGAUAAUUCACAAAUUGCUGUUUGUACAGCAGAUAAUGGCGUACACUUCGUUGGCACGGACAAUCAAGUGAUAAGCACCCUACAGGACUUCACAUACAUGGAAAAUGAUAAAACCGGUAAUUCUAAAUUUCCGGUCGGACUACGUUUAAAUCCGCGCACAAACACGCUGGUGCUAAAUGGCAAAUACGGGCAUUUGCAGUUUUACUCAGCAUACACAAAAAACAUGUUAUAUAACAUUGACAUUGUGAUGCAAAACUGUCUUUCUAUGGAGACUGAUAAAGUGCUCUAUAACAUAAUUGUGACAAAGGCUGCGUUCAAUAUCGAUUGGAUGGCCACCGGUGAGGUUUUCAACGACAACGAACAUUUGCCGGAGUUGCGUUUAAAAUUCUGGAAGUAUGAUGAGGCUGCGAAAAAUUACACAUUAAAUACAAAUAUAGAGCUGCCGCAUGAAGGUGGAUUCAAAGCCAUCGAAUUCUCCAGUUCAAAUCAAGUGAAUAAUUUGUUGUGUGCCACCGUCGGUGAAGAUAAUAAAAUCAAGAUGUGGUCGCUUGAGGAAUCGGAUAAUAUAUAUAACAAAGGCAAAGUUUGGUGUUGUGUAGCAGAGACAUGCUACCGCAACUUAACUGUUGAAUCGAUUUCAUUUUCACAAGAUGGGUCAGUACUUGCGGCAGGUUAUGGCAACACGCUGUGUAUAUAUAGAGCUGAAAACUUAAAACUAAAAGCGGCGCUAACACCACCUCCCGGUUAUGAUGGCGUUGCGCCACACAUACAAGUGAGCUUACGGUCCAAAGGAAAGGAGUCUCCGCUUAAAGAUGAAUUCACGCCAGAAAAACAGAAAAGGUGGUUGCAACUCUUCAAUGACUUUGUAGAAAAGAAUGACGAAACUAUCAUAAAGGAACUCGAGAAGUUCGCUGAGAAAUGUGAAAAAAUUGAAUUCAAUCCCAAGGAAGUGUCGGCGGAUGAAAUUGACGAAGCAACGAGAAAACAACUGUACAACAAAAUAAUGGACAUGCAUGAGCUGAACUUCUUCCACAAAGUGUUGCUCUUUCAGCGGCUAGGUAUCCGAGUAAAUAUACGUCCUGAAGGGCGCGAACGUUUACUUGCCUAUUUGUACGAUACAAUAUUACCGGCGGGAGAACGAAAGCGUUUCCGUGAAAUGGAAAACGAAGUCAAUCGUAUGAGUACAAGAGAACGUUAUAAGGCUAAGAGUCGUUUGUACGAAUAUCAAAAAAGACGAAGCAAAUAUGAUGAGGAGGUGCAAAAGAAACUACUGCCACUGAUGGAGGUGCUCAAUUUUGGAGAUGAUUGUAAAAAUGCGCCUCUCACAAACGGCAGCCAUACACAAGAUCACACUACUACGACCGAACAAUCAGACGAUAGAGAUCUGAUUGAAGAUAUUGGCGACCUUGACCCAGUAAUUGCUCAAAUAUCAAAGGUUCAGUUUGCUGCUGGAGAAUGGGCGCAUUUGGUCAUUGUCUGCACAGAGAGGCGUGUUUUAGUGUUUAAUUUACUUACGCUACGUUUACAUGCGGCGUGCAAGCUAUCUGUCGAACAUUUCGCUUUCGACCCAAUCAGCAACUUGUGUGCCGCGUUUACAAAGUACAACGAAUUGCACGUUUUCCAACCAAAUGUGCCCCUACCCAUAUAUCAACGUCGUAAUUUGCCUCGUUUGUACGGCGCGUCAUGGCUCCCUAGGCGACAUCCCAAGAACCGUUCAGUUAAUGUCGACUGGCAGGCAAUGUCUACAUUAUACUUUUUAACAGAAGACCAGGAAAUUAAUUACUUGGCUGUACCAGAUAGUGUGGACGAUGAUGCGCCGCCCCCAAUUACCUUUAGCAACCCGGCCAAUCAAGCGCUGCAAUACAGUACAUUUGGCACUUUUGCUACACAACAACAUUCAGAUAUGCAGACCAGUUCACGACAACCGAUCGGUCCACUGGUUAUCGGUAAUUCAAGCAAAUUGGCUGUGAAAUCGCUAAUUGACAUGUCUACACACACAAUGCCGCCACUAAGUCUGCUCGCUGCCGAUUUUGUAAAGUCUCUCUUAAAAUCUGCAGACUCGCAAGAGAAGAAUGCAACUGAAGAAGUGACGUCGGAGAAGGAGGACAAACCUUUGUAUAAUAGAAGGAAAAUGCUGAAUGGUGGCGCGACUGCUUUUAUGAAUGGACAUGAUGCCGGUCACUCGGACGAUGACGAAAGUGCCGACGAAGAGGAUGACAAAGGGGCGAAAGUGAAAGUGAAUGCAGCGAAGCGCACAACCACAAAUGAAGAGGAUGUCGAGAUGAUUGAUGAGGCAACUGCUUUGGAGAAACGUAAAAGUUUAAUUGUGAAAAGCGAAGAAAUCAGCGCCAACGCGGCGAAAAAUUCUCUAGCCCAGCAGAGACACGACAACGAGUCACAGCUGAAGCGCAUUGCGGCAUAUAGUAUAGAGUUAGAGUUUUGAAACUAUAAUUAGUUGAAAAGGAUUAGUAAGUGAAAUAUUAGAAUCAAAUUAAAACCAACUUUUAUUGAUAAAUUAAAAAGAGUGCAGAAGUAAUAUUAUCUAAAAGCUUAGUUCUUUCUAAGUAACAAUUUAUUUAAAUCCAGUUUAAAUAUAUACAAUUCUAUAUAUGUAUAAUAUGUAAAUGUAAACAUUCGAAAGAGGAAUCUGUUUGCCUUACUUUGCAACUGGGCAAUACUUAAAGUUAAUGACUGCAAUGAAAUAUUUUUAAAAUUUAAAGUAAAUCCGCUGUAAUAUUAAACACAUACAUUUUUUUGUUUGUUGUCAACGAAUCCUUAAGCUAAACAAGCCACGCACUUGUUAAAAAAUAUUAUUUAUGUAAAAUAUAGAUUUCCAUGUGCGCGCUUACAACAGAAUAAAAAACACUAAUAACAAAUAUAAUAAGAGUCAGUAACACCAAGGCAGUUGUAACUUGCUUAACAAAUGAAAAGUAAUAUUGCAAACUUAGUAAUAAAAUCGUAAUUUUACGUUUCUAAAACAUGA